CUCACACAACAAAGGACAAGAACAGACUGCAGAAAGACUGAGGAAACAUGCAGGAAGCAUCACUGCAGACCCCUCACAUCCUGGACACAACCUGUUCCAGCUUCUCCCCUCUGUGAACAAUAUGGACGGUGUCCCUCUGAAGAUGCCACAGAGUGCCUCAAAGGAAGUCAAAGAAGACGUCAAAGUUAUUGUCCCUGAUUAUCUCAGCAUACUGCAGGAGACAGAGUAUGAGUUCAGUCUGGAGAAGUGGGUGCUAACUGGACUGCAGGGUGGCUUCACCAGCCAGCAUCGGCCUCAGCUCUCCUCCUCUCCAUCAGGACUGCAGCCAACUUGCCCACCAUACUGGAUGAUGUUCAGCAGCCCGCAGCAGAGCCGCCUGGCCAGCCGCCACUGCUCUGACUUCUGGGAGCCCAAUCCGAGGCAGCGGUCCCACAGCCUCAACCCCGCCGUCCUGCGCACCAAGUUUAUCAUCUCAGACUCUGAGGAUGAGGGAGAGAGUGCCACAGCGAAAGCCAAGACAUGUUUGUCAGUGAAAGCCUGCUUAGGUGGAGAGCGUGCUGUUGCUUCAUGUCAGAGUGGUCAGAGGAAAGCACAGAGAGCCUUUGUCCCAGACCUUCUGAACCCCCCGGCCUGCCUCAGCAGCCUGCCACACCAGCGCAGGAAGAACCUACGACAGUGUUCACUCUCAGUGUUGGACACGCCCAAACAAGAUGAUCCCAGCACAGACAGCCGAUCUGAGAGCUCAUCAUUACACAGGAAGCUGGACACCAGAGCACCCAACAUCAGAGCCAAUACAGUGGACAGGCUCCCCAGAAUCAACAGCCACAGCACAGCACAUAAAUCUCCCAGUCCAAACUCCUCAAGAAACCUCCCUGUAACCUCAUCCCGCCAGGGUCUCAUCGCUUCAGAUUCAGACUCGUCAACUGAGCUCCUGUCAGCUCUAAGCCCUGAGGAGAGAGAGCUGCUGGGAGCCAUCACUGAACGGGGUUACCCCCUCCGUACAGCCUUCAUCGCAUUGCAGAAGACGGGCCAGCAAAGCCCAGAUCAAAUCUUGAGUUACCUGGUGGCAUGUGACCAUCUGUGUCAGCUGGGUUAUGAUAUGGCCCAGGUAGAAGAGGCUCUGGAGAUGUUUCAAAAUUGUGAAACAAAGGCGGAGGAGUUUCUUCACCUACUGAGUCAGUUCAAUGAGAUGGGCUUCCAGCAGAAUGCCAUCAAAGAAGUGUUGCUGGUCCAUGAAAACCACCGAGAACGGGCACUGGAGGAGCUGAUGAUGCGUGUGGCAUGACAGCAAAUCAACACAUGCGCAUACCCGCACUCUUUAAAUAAACCACCCACAACCUAAAAUUUGUUAUUUACUGCAGGACAAUAUGCAAAUAUGUUUUCAUAUUGAUAAAGACACAGAGAGAACAACUACACACAGAUCAUUGUAGCUGAAGAUGGACAGUGGCCUUCAGAAGUAUAUUGUUGAUAUAUUGCAGUUAAAAGGAUGACAAUGAUGAUAUUGGUAUGACGAUGAUGAUGAAGGAGAGAAUGAUGAUGAUGAUUCAGGAUGACGAUCUGCCCAUAUUGCACAUUUUCAUUCAUGUGUUUAUUAACAUUUUAUUUGACCUUCCUAAGUGUUAAUUAUGUCCUUACUUUGUUUUGGUGUGAAAACUACACUUACUAUGUAAUAUCAGUGUAGUAUAGUGUAACAAAACAGAAGUGAUUUGUGUUUCUGAGUAGUUGUAAUUGUGACAGAUUUAUUAAAGAUGUGCACGUGUA